UCGCAUUUCCGCCUCUUCUUGUGACCGGCCUUGGCGGGAAUGUUCGCCCCCAGAGCGGCCCCUUCCGCCCGCCCCCCCCAGCAGCCGUGGGGCCCUGCGCUCCUGCAGCGAGGCGAGCAGACAACUUCAACCGUCCAGCGCCUCUUGAAGCGCCUUCCCCGCGCUGUAAAUGGGGCCACCCUGCGGCUGUGGAGCCAAUCAGGCUGGCGCGGGAAGAAGGUGGGCGGCGGGGCUUCAGAGGCCAAGGUCUGCCGGUCGCGCCGCGCCCUGGUAUUGGAGCCUUUCUCGGAAAAGGCGGGAUGCCGCCCUGCUCCGGCGAGCCCGCCAGCCCGCCCACCCGGCUUUGCCUCCAGGCGUGGGAGCGACCUGCUGAUAGCAGUGGGGGGGAGGGGAAGAGGAGAGAAGAGGCCGCACAGAAGUGGGUGAAAGGUCGCCGCGCGGCAAAGCCCAGUUCACGUUCCCCGACGCCGAGGAGCAGCCCCCGAUCACGCUUUGUUCACAUGUCUCCACCCACUUUUUCGGGCGGGGCCAACCAAUCACAGCCCGUGCUGCCUGCCUCGAGGAGCCAAUGGGAGAAGGACGGGGGCCGCCCUGGAAGGAGGGGGCGAGCUGUUUGGAGGGACGGGUGAGUCACGUCGGAGGCGUUCUGAGGUGAACGUGGCUCGCUUCCAAGAUCCGGCUGCCAGCGAGGAACUCCCUGGCCUCGAUUUUCCCCCGUAGCCUGACUUGCUGAGCGGCCUCUGCUGGCUGGCAACCUGGUUCCCCCCGGAGUUUCCAAGGUGAAAAUAGCCUUUCUGUCGCGUAGGCGCUGAAAAUUUGCAGAAGCCGGGCGUCGGAGUCGCUCUGUCUCGGGGAAACAAAACCACUUUCGGAAGAAUUCUGAUUAUGAAGAAGGAAUGGAAAUGAUAGCUAAAAAGCAGUGCCUCAGGAAGUGUUAUUGGAACUAUACCAAUGAAAAGAGUGCUUUUGAAGCAGUGGAAGCUCUCAUGUCCAUGAGCUGCAGUUGGAAAUCAGACUUCAAAAAGUAUGCUGAACGGAGGCCAAUGACACCAGCUUCAGAUACAUCUGAGGAAUUUGAAGACAACUUGCUACCUCCUGCUGAUUUUCGUACAAUACCGGCUUUUUGUUUAACUCCACCCUACAGCCCUUCUGCUGACCUUGAAAUGUCUCAAGCAGUUCAUCCAGCAACAACAUCAGCGCCCCCUUGUGUACAGAACAAGCCAUGUCCGGACCUUUCUGAUCAAGUCUUUACAGUAUCUCCUAAAGAGACCCAGAAUGUUCCAGUGCCAAGAAUAUUGAGAGCUCAGGCAACCAGUGUCAUUCGCCAUACAGCAGAUGCUCAGCUUUGCAGUAGCAUAACCUGUUCAGCAAGAACAGACUAUGUUAGGAAGAAUGAUGAUAACAUGGGGGAAGCAAACCAGAAUGGCAAUACAAAAUCACAUUCAGAAGACAAUACAGAAGAAAAACAACAUUUAUCUUGUAAAAGCAUAUUGCUGAAUACUGCAUUUUCUGAAGAUAAGCCGACAACCAUACAAGAAUCCAAAAGUCCAUUACAGGCUGUGAGCCCAGUGCCUUUCCAGCAGACUGUACUUGAUACCUCUCCUUCUGUCCCUUGGCCUCCAAAAGUAGCCCCUCCAUCUUCUUUGCAAGUAGGAGGAGUCUCUUCUAUGCCAUUGGUUUGCCAGAUGGUUCCAUUCUCUGGUAACAACUCGCUUGUGACAGCAAUAGUAUCUAACACUCCUUGUGGUCAAUUGCCAUCAAACCUUUGUCAUCCAAUGGUCUUCAUGGGAACUCAAGUUCCCAAACCAGCAGUUAUGUUUGUAGUGCCACAGACUGUUGUACAGAAUGCCAAGGCUCCAGUGACCAGUCCUCACAGCACCAGACUAUCCCCUAUUGCUCCUGCUCCAGGUUUGGCCCCUCCUGCCACAAAGAUCACUCCAUCUGUUGACUCUCUCAGAACAAGAAGCCAUAUUUGUAAUUAUCUGGGCUGUGGAAAAACAUAUUUUAAAAGCUCCCAUUUAAAGGCACAUGUUAGAACACAUACAGGAGAAAAGCCAUUCAGCUGCAGUUGGAAAGGCUGUGAGAGAAGAUUUGCCCGUUCUGACGAACUAUCUCGCCAUCGCAGAACACAUACAGGAGAGAAAAAAUUUGCCUGCCCGAUGUGCAGUCGACGAUUCAUGAGGAGUGACCAUUUAACAAAACAUGCACGUCGCCAUUUGUCAGCCAAAAAAUUACCAAACUGGCAGAUGGAAGUGAGCAAGCUAAAUGAUAUUGUUACACCACAUACUUCUGGGACUGAUCAAUGAAAUAACUUUGUCUAAAGAGGCUGUUUAGCUUUUUUUUUUUUUUCAGUGUACGACUAGGUACCAAUGGUAAUGUGAAAAAACCUUGCAGAAUAAGUCUGUGGUUUUACAAUAUCAGAUUGGCAUAGCAUUGAAACAGAGGCAAUGGCUACCUGUAUGCCUUGGGUGUAAUGUAUAGGAUAGCAGGCAUUUUUGUGCUUGGAGUGCUUGAAGAAAGAUGACACGGAAAUGUCAAUGCCAGUUCUGGAAAGAGUUAUUCUUGUGUCGUCUGUAGCUGGGUAUAAACUAGAGAGAGAUGCAGACAUUAGGAUGUGGGAAUGUUUUCAACACUGUUGCAAACAAAAUGCAGAAUCUCAGUUUAUGGUACAGAAUCAGGGAUAAAUUUCAGUAAUACUAGAAUGCUGAAACUUUUAAGUAGAUAUACUUGGUCUUUUCUCAGUUGUGAAUGAUGAUGGAAAUAUGGUUACCAACUUCCUGAGAUUAAGUGUAUGUAUCUUCAUUUCCUGGUAUAUAAAGUAUGGCUAAUUUAGCAAUUCUGUAUAACUUAAGUAUAUCAUUGAGAAAAGUAUCAUAUGGCUGGAUUAUUCUAAAGGCAAAUUUUUACUACUUUGAAAGCAUCACAGUUAGUACUAUUAGCUGUACUUCAGUAUAUUUUGUUACUUGUGUGUUUAAAUUGUGUGUUUCUUUUAUACAUUUAAAUUUCUAUAUCAUUGAAACCUUGAUACAGUGCACUUUGUUUAAAGGAUAAUUUAAGAACAAAGCUUUAUUCUCCAGGAAGAACAUAAGCAGUGUGCUAUGUUACUUCCUGAAAUUUCUCUAAAAUAGAUUACAAUAGAAGUAUGAUUGGCCUUUAUAUGUUAUAGAUAUAUUUUAAAAUGACAUAAAAUUGGAAAAUGGUGGAUUGCUUAUGAAGCAAAGAAAGUCAAGUCAUCAGUCCUAGAUGUGUAUACAAUGAUUUUGCCAUCAUUUUUUCAAUUCUCUUACUAUACUGAAUAAAUAUAAAAUUAUAGAGAGUAUUGUAAUAUCUAUUUUGUGACUACUUAAGAUUUUGCACAAGAUUUCUUAUGUACUUUAUAUUUGUUUACAAUAAAUGUAAUUUUCUUUAAUA